GAAAGAAGCAACACGUAAAACACAAAAAAAUAAAAUAAAAUCAAUCUUAGCAAAAAAAUAAAAUAGGAAAAAUAAUCUCAAAAUAAGAAAAAAUAAAUCAAAGAUAGAAUAAUGGAAAAUCUAGACGCGACCAUUGGUAACAUGGAGAACAGCCGAUUUGCGGCCCUUUAUGGGAGUUUGAUCAAGGAGUUGGCCGCAACUUCGGCGCUGUCCCAGACGGACAUCACCUGUUUGCUUGUCGUUUAUUACAAAUUCUCGAAGGCCAAUGGGCCUAACUGCAAGAAGAUGACCAAGAAGCAGUUCUACCAGAUCUUCCUCGUUCUCUUCAACGUGGCCAACACCCAGGUCAUUGAGCGAACUCUGCUGGCCAUCACAAAGGACACGAAGUACGUGAGUCCACAGGCUUGGAUACAUCUCUUUGAUCUCUACACAACCAAGGACAUCCAAAAGCGUAUGAAAUUUGCCUUUGAGGUCUAUGACACGAAGGGUACUGGCGUCAUUGAUCGAGAGCAAGUGGGCGUUGCCUGUGAAUCGUUUUUCUAUGGCCAAGACGAGGAUGAACUCAACGAACUCAGGGCGGACAUGACUGAGUUUCUCAUGAAGAAGUUUGAUCUGGACAGGGACGGUGUGAUUUCUUUCGAGGACUAUUCCACUGUCGUCGAACAGCAGCCAAUUUUAGUCGAGUUUUUGGGCUGGUUAUUUCCCUCACAGGAAGACAAGAAUCUUGUAGCCCAUUGCGUUAACCUGCAAUUGAAUCUUAAUUAAGUAAAUCGAUUGAAGUGACUUUAAAAUUA